AUGGAUUGCCAAACUAAAAUCGACGUAGCCCUGGAUGCGAAGGAGCUUAACGCAUCGUCAGGCCUGCAGAGUAUCUUCGUUCAUGUAAAGAGCGAAACGACGGAAUCUGUCAAAUACCCAGAUGGACGCGAAACCAGGAUCGGGAUUUACCCGAAUUCCACCACCCAAUUCGCCAAAUUCGAUCUUCGUAGCUCCGAUUCCGUCGACAUCUACCAGCUCCUCUGCGACGAUCUCCGAAACCCCCCGAUGUGCGAAUACUUGGCCCCGCAGAUCGCUGAUUCGGUUGCGGAGAUGAGCUCCAGUUGCGAAAGCUUCUUCGUGUUCGUGGAAGUGAGACUGACCGAAGAGAUAACCUUCUCCGUGUCGGAAUCUGACGUCUGCUGUAUCUGUCUGGAGAGCUUUGGGGAUUCGGGCAAGUAUCUGAGCGAUUUGCCCUGCUCUCACGUCUUUCCCCGCCUCUGUCUCGACCAGUGGCUCGUCCGGAAAGACUCUUGCCCGUUGUGCCGACGGCCCUGUCUCUGA